AUGGUCGUGGACUCCGCCAUUCGCCGCCGCAAGGUAGAUCUGGACUUUUACCUGCACCGAGUGUUUCGCAAAAAGUCUUUCCGGCCUCUCCAGCGGGAUGUGAUUACUGCGGCUGUGGAGGGGCAUGAUGUCUUUUUACAGGCGUCGACGUCGUUUGGGAAGAGUUUGUGUUUUCAGUUGCCGGCUGUUGUUGAUCAUGGAGUAACCGUGGUGAUAUGUCCUCUCCUCGCAUUAAUGACCGACCAAGUCACAGCCCUCCAAUCCCUCGGCGUUGAAGUAGCAACAAUAAACUCCACCACAUCCCUCUCCGAAAGACGCGAAAUCCUCGCCGACCUCCUCUCGGGGCACCCCCACACACGACUCCUCUACGUGACCCCCGAGCUCUGCCAAACAGAGACCUUCCGGCGCAAUCUGCAGACCAUCCACGCGCAAGGCGAACUCGCCCGCAUCGCCAUCGACGAAGCGCACUGCAUCAGCGAAUGGGGCCACGAUUUCCGCCCCGCCUACAAAGAACUAUCAUGGUUCAAGCGGACGCUGCAAAACCCUCCCGUCCCCAUCAGCGCCCUCACAGCAACAGCCACCCCGCGCGUCCGCGCAGACAUCAUCAACCUCCUCGGUCUAGACCCAGCCCAUCUCAAGAUCUUCAACACCCCCUCCGCCCGCCCUAACAUCCACUACGAAGUCCGCUACCUCCAGCACUACGCCGACGACCCAACGGACCCGCAGCAGUCGCAAGUCAACGACCUCGUCUCGUGGCUGAAAGCCACACACGCAAGACGCCUCGCCCGACUUCGCCCCUCCCCAUCCUCAUCCCAACCCCCCCUCCAACCUCUCUCAGGAAUCAUUUACGUCCCCCUCCGCUCCAUCGCCGAAACCCUCGCCACCGCCCUCCGCAACGCCUGGGACUUCAACAUCCUAGCCGAAGCCUACCACGCAGGGCUCACCUCCCAAGACCGCACGCGCAUCCAAUCAUCCUGGACAUCCCCCUUCGCCUCCUCCUCAUCCUCACCCUCAGAACCACCCCAACAACCAGCCUUCACAAUAAUAGUCGCCACAAACGCCUUCGGCAUGGGCAUCGACAACCCGCACGUCCGCUUCGUCAUCCACUGGACACCCCCGCGCAGCAUCGAAGGCUUCGUCCAAGAAUCCGGGCGCGCAGGCCGCGACGGCCGCGCCGCCGCAUCCAUAAUCUACUACAGCGGGGCCGAGCGAGACCGCGUGCUCGAGCGGCUCCGACGAGACGUCGAAAACGCUUACAACCGGCGACAUGUAGGUGUAAGGGCUAGCGCCGAGGUGAGCGAUAAGCGCGCGAAUCUACGCAACCUUUUUGCACGCUUGCAGAGCUUUCAGGCUGUUGUGCGGUAUUGUGAGGGGGUGCGGGGGUGUAGGCAUUUGGUCAUUAGGGGGGUUUUUGGGGAUGGGGAGUUGGAGGCUAUGGGGUCGCAGGUGCCGCCUGGGUCGCAGAUGGCUAAUACUUCUGAUGUUGAUGGGGGAGGAGGAGGAGGGGGAGGAGGAUCACCGUGUGAUUACGCGUGUGAUGUCUGUAAAGAGGGCAGAGAGGGCAUCAGCAGGCGGAAGGCGUUGAUGGCGUCAGCGGGGGACAUGGAGGGGAGUGUGGAGGAGGCGUUGGAGGGGACUAUGCAGCUUAUGUUUUCGAGGAUCUUUCCUGGGGGGAGGUUGGAUGGGGGUUAG